UCCCCAGAGAGCAGAGGGGGAGGAGGAGAGAGACGCAGCCUGGACCAGACGCGAGUCCCGCGGUGGUUUAGUCGCCGGUCGCUCGGCCCAAACUCACGGAUCUCAUUUCCAGCGGACAAUGAAACUAAGUCAAGUAGAUUUGGACAGCAGCAGACACUAAAACACAACCCGCCGAAAGACUGACACGUUCAAAUCGAUAGAUAGUUAGAUUUCGGAGGAAGAGGAGGAGAAAGUGGAGAGAGAAGGAGGAGAGAACCGAGACGAAGGGAGGACGGACCGGAGAGAGGAGAGGAGAGGACAGGAGAGGACAGGAGUCUGGAGACAGCGCAGAGACAAGAGGAGAGGUUACAGGGGGGUAAUUUAGUCUUAUUUUGGGUCUCCUCUCCUUCUUCCAGCCUUCUCCACCCCCUGCUUUUAAUUUCCUCAUCUCUGGAGCAUUUAUGUCUGCUUUUGGAGGCGUUAGAUGUUGAACUUGAUGGGUGUUUUAAACGCCACCGCCCCCAAUGUCUCCUGUACUUGCAACUGUAAGCCCUACACCUCCAUCCAGAACAUGGAAAUCACCCAGCUGGAGUUCGUCCAGAUCUUGGUGAUUGUGGUGUUCAUGAUGGUCAUGGUGGUGGUCAUCACCUGCCUGCUCAACCACUACCGCCUGUCUGCGCGCUCCCUGCUCUCCAGGCACUCGCCCGCCCGCCGGAGGCACCUGCCGCUGGCCAACGAGGGAAGCCUGUGGUCGUCUGAGAGCACUGGGACCAGCAGUGGUCUGAACGAGCACCAGGUGUAUAACCCGCGGCCCCCGGACAGAGGAGUCAUGUCGUACCUGCAGCGCGACCCGCAGCCCGGCCAGCCGCAGCCUCUGCUUCAAUCACAGCGCUUCCAGCAGACGUACGGCCCGAGUCGCUUCCAGCCGACGUACCCCUACCUGCCCCAGAGCCUCAUCGACCUCCCGCCCACCAUCUCCCUCUCAGACGGCGAGGAGCCGCCUCCGUACCAGGGGCCCUGCACUCUGCAGCUGAGGGACCCCGAACAGCAGAUGGAGCUGAACCGCGAGUCGGUCCGCCCUCCGCCCAACCGAACAGUGUUUGACUCCCACGCCCUGGACCCCUCCCACUCCUGCCUGCAGGCCAGGCUGCAGGCUCCGCCCCCAAGCGUCCAUUCAGGUGUUAGUGUGCUGGAGGCCCAAGAGGCUUUGUCCCGGCAGCAGAAACAGAACUCGCAAGUAGAGGGAACUCCCCCAACUUACAGCGAAGCCAUCGGGCACUUUUACCACCCAGCAACACUCGCCUCCACCCAGAGCCAUCAGACUGUAUCGGCCCUGCAGAGGGCGCCGUCCUCUCUCAUACACGGCCUGCUCAGACCUCUGCCCAAGCAGCAAGGAAGUGUGGAAAACAGGAACGCAAGGAACACAAAGGAGAAAUCCCAGAAGCCGGAACAGGUGUGACUGGACUGCUUUCUCUUCAUUCCAGCUUAAAAACGAAAAAAGAAAGACACCCCAAGUUCCAUCUGCUCACCAUUUGGGAAGUCAUCUGAAGGCAAUGAGGAAUGAUGACAUGAACGUUAACAUCCGGUGUGAAUGGUUACACGGCGGAUGUGUGGUCGGACUCGGCCUGAGAACAUCUGCAUCACCUCUGCAGAGCACAGUGCCAGGAAAACAUCCUGGUUUUCCACUUUGCUUCAGAAGAACAAGGGACGGCGGAGAAGAAGGACCUGAAGUGGAAAAGAUGUAAAUUCCUCGUCUUUCUGUAUCCGAUGGAUCUUUGUUAUAAAUAUUUACUUGUUCUGUUUGCCUCUGUAGAACGUAUCAUUUCCAAGCCUGCAGAACAUUUCAAUCGUCUUGGUUCUUGCAGGAUUUGUUUCGUUUUCUUGUGAUAAUCCUCCAUUGCUGCUUUGAGUCCUUAAAUGUUUGCUUCUUUUUUCCCCCCCAGCUUCAAAGUUUGCAGCAGCUCCUGCACCGAGCUCUGGCUUUACCAGUGGAGCAUGAAAGCACAUCUGACUACAUUUCCAGUUUAGAUUCAGUUAGCAUAAUUGUAAAACUAGCUCAGCAGGUGUAGCAGCAGUGCUAAAUGUCCUAAAGCUAGAAGCUCUGCCUUAUAAUGACCAACUCUUGCAGGAGAUCUUACAGAUCCUUGAUUCAAUUUGAUGCCGUCUGAAGAGGGUUUGCACAAAGUCCGACUGUUUGCCGCAGAAGGAGAAUCUGCAGUGAUUAUUGCUAAGAGAGGAGGUCGAGAAAGUAGGGGUAUCAUUUUAAAACUUGAUGCAUUCUUUGUUUUUGUUGUUGUCUAGUUUUAGAAAAAGAGACGUGAGAAACAUGUGAGUGUCAACAUUCACCUUGAACAUUUGGAAACGUACAUGUUGACUUGUGUAUUCGUGACAUAUGGAGUAUAUUUACACGCAUGUGUGAACGAAAAUGGAAAAGCACGAAUUUAGAGUUAUUUAUAUAAUUGCUGAAAAGCAUUGCACUAUUUUUUUAGUAUGCGCAGAUGGAACAUUUGAGGGGGACUUUUAUUGUGAAGGAGCUCUGUGUUUUGUGGUUUAAAAAGUGAUUGGAAAUGAUUUUCCAGAGUGUGUGAGCAGCACGGUGCACAGCAGCAACUAUCAGUUGAUGGGAAGAUUCUGACUUUGGUGCAAAGGACUCAGACGAUCCCAUUUCUGUACCAUAGAUGAAAGAAAAAUCUCCAGUUUAUGCAAAUGUCUGAGUCCAGCGAACCAACCAAACGUCAGCAGCCCACCUGUGGGUCCAAUCAGAAACCUCAGAACUCUCUCUGUCUCUCUCUCAUCCCUGUCGGCCGAAUCAUUAGCAAUCCCAAAGCUGGCUGCUACUACCUCGACCAAACAAGUGAAGCACAUACGUUUCCUAAACUUAAUCAGACUGUACCAUUUAACAAGCGUCUGAGCUAAUCAAGAUGGUGUGUAACAGUAGAAAGGAAUAGAGUAGAAUGUUGUAGACUUCGGUUUUGUUUUUUAAUCCUGCUUGGGUGUUUUAUUUGAAUGUCAGAGUUUUAUGCUCAUUAGGUGAGAAGAGAGAGACGCCUAAUGUUCUCAUUGUGGAGCAUUACUCAGGAAGAAACCUGUUGCUCAGCAGGUCCCUAAAUAUCUGAUAUGCUGACUGUGCACAGUGGUGGCUUCUUAUGCACGAUUCAUAACACCGACAUUUCUCCGAUCCUCCUGUUAACAUUCAUUCUGUUCACUCUGGUUUUUGCGGGCAUCUCUGAGCACUUUAUUGCAGCGGGAAAGAGACAACAAUCCUCGAGUCCGCCAGCAUCACAACAUGAAACCUAUAUCUCUGUUGACGAGGUAAACGCGUACACUUGAUAAAAAUGUGUAAAUCAGCAUCAGAUCUGCUGAGUUUCACUAAACAAAGCUCUUAUAAAAUUAAUCAGAAUGAACCAUAAAUGUAGUACAACAUUUCUUGGAUAAUAUUGUCAGUGAUAUUUUGGUGAGUUGAUUUUGUUGAAGUUCUUAAGCAAAAUUAUUAUUAUUUGUUGUUUUUACACAAGAUGGGUUGUUGAAACUAGACACACUGAAGUGUUGACAAGUGACACGAGUGUUAAUAGCAACUCAUCCUGUGUCGGCCCUUCACAAGUGCAGAAAUAGAAACCCAUUAUGAGUCUGUAAACGUAAGGAAGACACCAGUUGAGCUUUGAGUCGUCCAGUUUUUAUGCAAAUAUUGAACCAAAUUGAUGCUAAAUCUGAUUUAAAUGGAUGAUUCAGAUGACUUGAAAGAUUAUGAGCAGUUAAUAGUUUAAGAACAGUAGAAAACUGGCUUGCCAAUUAGCAGGCCGCAUGCUACUUUGGUCUUGAGUGUAAAAUCCAACAACAAAACACAACUUGAGUAAGACUGAAUCACUUUGACUCUUUUUUAAAGAUGGAGGAAGUCCUUUUUGUUCUUGACUCUGUAUUCAUAUAAAGAGGAAGCAAUAAGAGUUUCCUACUGUGUGUCAUUGAAUGCUCAUAACAUUUUAACAGAUAUUACUUAAAAACAUCUGAACUAUCCUUGUAAGUCUGCUAUGUGAGAAAAGACAAAAGUUGAGACUUUCUAAAUGCAUAGACGCUUCUAGCAGUUUUAGUUUUAUUAAGUCGGUAGGUCAGUAACUCAGGUGCUUUUUCAAUCUCAGCAAAGUGUUUAGAAACAACACACCCUGAUCAGAAUAAUGGAUUUUUGUUGAAUAAUGGAAGAAAUCCCAAGUCUCCACCUUAGUUGAACUAUGCUGACAAAAUUACUUAAACUAUAACCAACCAGAGAGAGUUUUUAGAGUACAAACCAAAGUAAAACAUUUUUUAGAUAUUUCCAUUACAUAAUCAGUGACGUAUGUUAAAGUCAAGCACUUGAAGAUAAAAAAAAAAUAUGAUAAAAAGGGAAGCAAGGCCUGCAUCUAAAAAUGAUAUUUAGAUUAUGAAUCCUUCUUGACCUUUAAACCAGAGAUAAGAAGGUUUGUAACAAGUGAAUAAAGAUUUGAAAAAGGCUCUGAUCAGGAUGAUUGGGGAAAAAAUACCACUACUAACAAUAUAAAUAAUAAUAAUAAUAAAUAUGUGCAUCAUAAAAACCCUGCACUGGCUGACAAAAACCCAGAGAGACAGGCAGAGGAAGAAGGAAACUCACAUAUAUCAAACAUUUAUAUGCAGGCAAAAAUCAUUUAAUAUGCACUGCAAACUCUUUACACAAUCUUCUUUUUCAAUGCUUUAUGCUCUUGAGUGAGUUAGUGUGUAUCAGUGCAUGUGAAAGGUGCGUGGGUGUGUAUUCCUGUGCAGUAAAUGUGCAGCGACGUGGCCGGGGAAAGACCUCCAGCUGUCUAGACAAAACCCAAACACACACAACCGCACACACACACAGCAGUCUAAAUAAACUACUUAAAGAGCCAGACACACUUUCAUUCAUCUAGUGCCCCCCUUGUCCCACCAUUCCCACUGUGGACCACUCAAGGUACAGCAAAAACAUUUAUCUCUCACACCUGGUCUUCCUCCAGAGCGCCUCCCUCCUCCUCCUGUCUCAGUGAGCCCUUCCUGUUCCCAAGAGAUGCCCGCUGUCCAAUCACAGAGCCCCUUUCCAAUAAGGCCCCCCUUCACCAUUGGCCGACCGAGUUUGGGUCUCCGUGGAAAUGUUCGUCGUUUGUUGUUGUUGCUAUGUCGUACGUAAGUGUGCCUGCCUGUGCUGAGACGGGCUAAAUGUGAGUGGCCUGUGUGGGCUGUCAAUCAUCCCCGGCUGCGCUGUCUCAGACUAUGAUGAUGAUGAUGAUGAUGACGAUGUUUGGAUGGUGGUGAUGAGUCUGAUAAAGAUUGAUGGUUUCGAUAGUGAUGCCUCAGAAGAUUGUUGCAAUACAACUACUUUUUGCCUUUUUGAUAUUAGUGAUAUUUUAACGUAGUGUGUUAAAUGUAAGAUUUUGUUUUUGAAUUAUUGUUAUUAUUGUUGUUUAUCACUUUAGAAAGAGAGAAAAAAGGAUUUCACUUUAAUUCACUGUUCACACAGAAAACUGUUUGCAUUUGUAAAAUUUGAGAGUGUGAAACUACCUAAACACACAAAAGCUGCAGAUCAGUAAGGCAGAAGAGGAAAUCCGUAACAUGUGCUUCUGUGUUUAAGUGCCCUUUUCAGUUGAAGGUGUUGUUGUUAGUUUGCAAAUUUGUGCUUUUUUAUAUGUUUAUUUUUGGCAUAAAGAGUUUCAGUCAUUCCCUUUUUUUUUCUUAUGCAGUAUAAAGUCUGUUAUCUUUUUUUUUAAAUUAUCGUCUCCAAACUCUACAUGUGUGCCUUCUGGUGUCCAGUGUUACAUUACUGUUGCCUUUUGACAUUUAACCGAACACAGCCUGAAACACUGAAUAGGCCUGGCUGUGUGAUGGAAGGAAGUCCUGCAGGAAAAGGGAGGAAACAUGCGCAAAUUUAUUAAGAAAACACAAUUUUCGCAGCAGAGCAGCAAAAUCAGGAGCUGUAUUCUGAAUUAUUUAAACUCCAUUUUCCUUCACCUGAUAAUUUAAGACAUUAGCCCAGAAACAAGAGGUUCUGGAAGCACUUAUGUGUCAUUAGCACAAGGCGACUGGAGAAAAUUAAGGUUUCCCUCCUUUUUGUGCGUUUCCUCUCAUGCUGCAGUGUUGUGUGCUUCUCCGCUCUUUGAAUCAGCGCUGCGCCGGCGCCUCUUCCUCUGACAAUGUUGUAGAAAACACAAUGUGUGAUAACACGCUCUUUUUGUUGCAGUAUGUGAUGUGUUCAUAUUUAAAUAAAACCUCUGUAUUACGACUGCGCCGCAACGCUUGCGACUGUUGUGAAAGUCUUCCAGCUGUUGUGGAGUUUAAUCCUGAAGGCACAUUAAUGGUGGGAGUUGUACAGUAUAGUGAGUUUGUUCUGCUCCAGAUUCCCGCUUUUGAGAAAAGUCUAAUUAAAUGUAAAAGCAUGAAUUACGGUCAGCUUUUCAGCAAUGAGCAGAAUCUUAAAACCCACCUAGGACAGAACAAGUUGUAAAGUCUGGUUUAGGAUCCAGUGAUCUGUCAUUGCAGAAAAAUUUUGGGGGUUAAACUCCAGACAGUUUUAUCUCACAGCAUGGGUAACACACUUAUAUAAAGAACAAUUUUAUUCUCAAUAAUACCUGCUUAUUUGUGUAUUAAGACAGUUCCUUUUAACUUAUGUUCACAUUGACGGGUUUAUGUUAUAUUCCUUGCAAAAAGAACUCAACAAUACUUCACUGUUGGUGAUACAGAACUUGGUAAGAAUCGGACACAUUUCAUUUAGCCUUUGAAUUAACAAAAGUACAAAUAAAAAAGUUUUAUAAAUACA